AUGUUUUCAAGAAGUCUAAGUUUGGGUCUCAAAGCUGUUAGACGUCCUGCCACUUUGAGGCUGCUUCGAAACCUUUUCAUACAAACGGCCGAGACGCCCAACGAAAAUGCAUUGAAGUUUCUUCCAUCCAUGAAUAUUUUAAAGGAAAAUGAAACCCGAGAGUUUUUGAGUGGCAGAGAAGCCGCUUGCAGUCCACUUGCAUUAAAGCUUUUUGCCAUCGACGGCAUCAAGUCUAUCAUGUUGGGACUGAACUUUAUCACCAUCGAAAAGCGCGGUGAAGACAUUGAUUGGAGUUUGAUUAAGCCAGAAAUUUUCUCUAUUUUAACAGAGUCUCUCACCAACGGCACACCAGUGGUCAAUGAGACAAGUGAGCUCUCGAAGGACGUUGGAUUCGAAGAGGAAGACGAUGAAGUGGUUCUGAUGAUCAAAGAGCUCAUUUUCACAAGAAUUAGACCUGCCAUCCAGGACGAUGGAGGUGACAUCGAAUUCUCGAGCUUUGAUGAAGAUACUGGUGUUGUUUACUUGAAGCUCAAGGGUGCAUGUAGAUCGUGUGACUCUUCGUCAGUAACACUCAAGAACGGUAUCGAAAGUAUGUUGCAAUACUACAUUGAGGAAGUCACCGAGGUGAGACAGAUUGACGCCACUGAUGAGGAAGCUCAAGCUCAGGCAACUGAACCUGAAGCAGAGCCACAAAGCGAUUUCACAUCUGCUACCAUCAACCCAGCAAGAAGAGAAGAGGCACCACCUACAUUGUAA